AUGGCCUCAGCAGUCGCAAUCGGAGCCGGAGUAGCGGUCGCCGCCUUCCUGGGUCGCGCCGGUCUUGUCGCAUGGAGACGAUCUCGCGGUGGUGUCGGAGCGUUGGGAAAGGCCUUUUACAAGGGCGGAUUUGAGCCUAAGAUGAACAAGCGCGAAGCGACGUUGAUCCUUGCUCUCAACGAGCGAGCCGUGACCAAGGACAAGAUCCGCAAAGCCCACCGAACUAUGAUGCUUCUCAACCAUCCCGACAGGGGCGGAAGCCCCUACCUAGCUACCAAGAUCAACGAGGCGAAGGAAUUCCUGGAAAAGAAUUCUUGA